AUGGUAAAAACAUCUAAUUCAAAAUACCCUGAACUUGAAGUAGGAACAUCUGUGCGUAUCUCUAUUCUUGAUGUUGACCGAGCUCGUGGCUCUCCACGAAAUGUAUUGGCAGUUAUAACUGAUGUGAAAGAUAAUUUAUAUAAAUUAUAUACAGAAAAUGGAUUUCUGAAACAUAAGUAUACCAGGACAGAAAUCAACCCAUGCAAGGAGAAGCUUCUAGAUCUUGAAACGGUUGUAAGCAAAUUGAAAGAGGGAGGAGAAAUAACUCUCCGUGAAGCAGCUGCCUUUAACAGCAUUUCUGGAUCCCAAGGUUUUACGAGAUGCCAAUGUAAAACACAGUGUAAAACCAAUAGAUGUGCUUGUCGUGCAUCUACUAGAUUAUGUAACUCUAAGUGUCAUAACAGUCUACCGUGUAACAAUAAAGAUUAA